GRGAGACCUGACCACUGCUCUGAGAGCGAAGGGAGUCCCUCUACAUCAGGACUACCUGAACAACACCAGGGGAAUCACACAGCUAAGAAGAUUCAUUGCUGUUCAGUGUGUGGAAAAAACUGUCACAAGUUAUCAAAACUACAAACACAUAUGAGAACUCACACAGGAGAAAAACCGUACUCCUGCUCUGUCUGUGGGAAGCAAUUCAGUGAGAAUGGAAACCUGAAAAAACACCAGACGUUGCACACAGGAGAGAAGCUGUACAGUUGCUCCGUGUGCGGGGAAAGUUUCUCUUCAUCGUCAAAUCUUACCAAACACCAGAGAACACACACAGGAGAGAGUCCAGUGUCUGUAGCUGUAGAAGAGUGUGGUCUGACAUCAGCACUGGUUAUCAAAGUGAAAGAGGAGGAAAAGGAUCCUGCUUUUGCAGAGAGACAUGACCACUGCACUGACAGUGAAGGGAGUCCAUCUACAUCAGAACUACCUGAACAACACCAGGGGAAUCACACAGCUAAGAAAAUUCACUGCUGUUCAGUGUGUGGACAAGACUGCAAAAAGUUAUCAAAACUGCUAAUACAUAUGAGAAUACACACAGGAGAAAAGCCAUACCCUUGCUCUGUGUGUGGAAAGCAGUUCCGUGUAAAAAGACAUCUCCAAGACCACCAGACAGUGCACACUGGAGAGAAACCUUACGUCUGCUCCAAAUGUGACAAGAGGUUUGGUUUCGCCUCAGCCUUGAAAAGGCACCAGUGGUUACACAUAGAAGAGAAACCUUACUCCUGCUCUGUGUGUGGGAAGGGUUUUAGCUUACAAUCACGCAUGAAGGAACACUUCCUGAUGCACUCAGGAGAAAAACCCCACUCCUGCUCUGUCUGUGGAAAGAGUUUCAGCCGUCCAGAUCAGUUAAAGGACCACUCUCUGCAACAUGCAGGGAAACCCCACCACUGUUCUGUGUGUGAGCUAAGCUUUGCCUUGUCUAAACAACUCCUGAAGCAUGAGAAGACUCACACAGGAAAGAGACCUUAUAGUUGCUCUGUGUGUGGGAAGAGUUUCAGCGAGAAGGCGUAUCUUGAAGACCACCGGUCAGUGCAYACUGGGGAGAAACGACAUCCUUGCCCUGAUUGUGACAAGAAGUUUGGAUGUGCUUCAUCCCUGCGUAAACACGGACUGUUACACAUAGAAGGGAAAUCCCACUCCUGUUCUGUGUGUGGGAAGAGUUUUUCUGAAGCACGUUACUUGAAGGAGCAUUUCCGGACACACACUGGAGAGAAACCUUUCUCCUGCUCUGUCUGCGAAAAGAGUUUUGCAAGAUCAGCAAGCCUUAAAGUCCACCACAGAUAUCAUACAGGAGAGAAACCUUACAGCUGUGCUAAAUGCGGCCAGAGCUUCAUUAGUUCUCAAAAACUUCAGAGACAUCAGAAAACUCAUGCUGGUUUACCACCUGUUGAGUUUCAAAACCCUGUUCCAAUUGAAGGAGAGAGGGAGGGAGAAGAUGAGGAAGAGGAAGUUGGUGGUCUGAUUAAUUCAGAUGGAGAAGCGGUUGGUUGGGAUCUUCAUCGUCUCGACGAGGGUUCGGAGGGGAGAGCCUCUACAUCAGGAGAACCUAAAGAAACCUAGGGGAAUCUCAAAGCUCAGAGAUACAGUUGCUCUGUGUG